CUGUGUCUCGGAGAUAGGGAGAAUCUGCACACAAGCGCUGACACUAUAGAUCUGGCCUCCGCAUGGCACAAAAUGAUGACCUUGGGCAGCUACUAAAUUUAUCAAGAGGCACAGCUCCACCCCUAACAUGGCUUCAAGUGGCAUCCCGCUGGACACCGCUGGACACCGCUGCUAUAUUCUCAACAACGAUGGAAGGAAUUCUAUAUGGCUUUUCGGUCCUCAUGUUUAUGGGAACUAUUUGGGCACUGACCUACAAACAACACAUGAAGGAUAUAAAUCGUCCAAUUGCUGUGGUGGCAAUCUUGCUGUUGACACUGAGUACUGCGCACAUGAUCGUAGAUAUCAUUCGUAUCGAACAGGGUCUGGUAACGUAUCGGGACACAUUCCCAGGGGGGCCAUCGGCGUUCUUCGCAGACGUCGCCCAAGAAACGUUUGUGAUCAAGAAUGCGAUAUACACCUUGCAAGCCAUGCUCAGUGAUGGGAUAUUGAUUUAUCGAUGUUAUGUCAUUUGGCAAACUGUCUGGGUCAUUAUCGUACCCAGUUUAAAGUCGUACCUCUUAUUUCCCAUGGAAGCAUGUGGCUUUUGUGCAGUUUACAGUAUCUCACAAGCGAGCAGCGGGGCCGCCAUCUUCGCCAAAGCAACUGGUCAAUGGAUCACGGCGUUCUAUUCCAUGACAUUCGCAACUAAUCUGUUAGCUUCAGGAUUGAUAGUGUAUCGCAUCUGGACGAUCGAACGCAAUGUCUCCGCAAUUCGCACUACGAAGAGCACUCUAAUGCCAAUAGUGCAUGUACUUGUGGAUGCGGCUAUUUUAUACUCUGUUGCGCUCUUCUCGGCAUUGGUAUGUUUCACCGCGUCGAAUAACGGACAGUACAUUAUGCUAGACAUGAUCAUGCCGAUCAUUUCGAUUGCCUUCUACAUGGUGAUCAUACGUAUCGCGAUCAACAAAAGAACUUCCAGUUACCUCCCGACCGCCAGUGGAGGGACCAGUGCGACAACACCAGGGAACUCGCGGCGAUAUCCUAUGAGGCCUUUGCAGGUGCAUAUAUCCCAGCUCGCGUACAACGACGAUACUUCGUCAUACAAAACAGGGAAGGUGGAGGUGAAGGGGGCAUCGUACUCCGUGUAGUCAGUGCUAUUUGCUCACUGUUCAGAAAGAGAAUAUGUUUCACUUACCAGGCGAGCAUGGUUGAAUGUCUGUGCAUGUGUUCGGUCCGGUUUUUGCCUAAUUACCUUACAGUAUCUCAUCUAGGUUUUAUGGCUUAA